AUGGAUUCAACGAGCAUUAUUUCUUCGUUUCUCGAGGCUGCCUAUGAGGGCGAUCUCAAUCGCAUGAAGGAGCUUAUGGCCAGCAACUCCGGUCUAUCUGUUAAUGUUCAAGACUAUGAUAAGAGAACUCCUCUCCAUUUAGCUGCUGCUGGUGGUCACAUGGAUGCUGUCCAAUACUUGUUGGGCGAGGGGGCUGAGCUGAAGACUGAUCGCUUCGGUAUGCUUCCUAUCCAUGAUGCUGUGGUGAACCAUCAUACCGACAUCAAAGAGGUGCUCGGUCAGCUCGACCUCAAGUGUGAUGAUGCCAUGUGUUAUCUUUCCCCUGAGAGUGAGAAUGCUCUCAAGGAGCAGGUGAAGAAUACCAACAUCUCCCUGACUCCUGAGGAUUUGGAAAUCAAGAUGACUCAGGUCUUUUCUAUCAUUAUGAAGGAAGGUGUCCUCGCUGCUGGUUCUCUCUGGCAGGAGAUCGUCUACUACUUCACUGAGCUUGGUCUUCAUCCCAGCUACUUCAAACAUUUUACCAGUGCUGAGAUCGCCAGGCAUAUCCAUUGCCUUAUCGCUGCUAAGAAGGUCGCUCAGGCUACCAAGUCUGACUAUAUCCACUUCGAGAUUGAGGAAGCGGAUUCGGCUUUCUAUCUCACCACUAUGGAGCCUGAGAAGAUUGCCAUCACUGAUGCUAAGGUUGCUGAGUAUAUCAAUACUGCUAAGGACUGUGGUUACACUAUCACCUUCCUUAAGUCUGAGAAAGCUCCCAUGUGUGGAGGUAAGUUCCCUCUCGGCAUCUUUGUUGUUGAGAAGCAACAGUUCGAGUCGGGUGUUAAGUUUGAGGAUAUGAUGGAGAAGUCCGACAUUCAUCUCGUGGCUACCUCGGCGUUCCUUGAGGAGAGAUCUGAUGAAGUACAGAAGCUCUACCAGGAUCUUAUCGAUGAGACUAUGGCUACCCGCAAUACUGUUGUUAAGGUGUUCGAUGCUCCUGCCAACUUGGUUCAGAAGUCCGGCGCCCAAGUGUUGCAGUUUGCUGCCUUUGAUGUUGAUCGUACGGGCCGAGCCUACAUCUCUGAGAUCAACGAAUGCUUCCGUUCUCAUAACGUUGAACCCAAGAGAUUCUACGUGGACUCGUUCGCCAAUGGUAUCGUCACCUAUACUUGCUUCUUCGACCCCACUUUCCAGGGUGAGGCAUUGGAAAGGCUCGCGCAGACUCUUCGUUAUGUGAGCCAUUUCAAGCAUAACCCGAGGAAGUCCGGUUUGGUUUGGGAACUUGUGCUCAACAAUAAGAUCACACCCGAGCAUGCUAUCUUCCUUAUUACUGCUGCCAAGUUCAUCUUCUCAUUCUUCCCUAAGGAGACUGAGGAGUAUCUCGCUUUGGCCGACUAUUUCAAGAGUGACCCGUCCAAGAAGAGUGAGCUGGAUACUCUCUUCAGAGAUACCAUGGCUAAUGCUAUUACUUAUGAGAGGAUCUAUGAUGCUCUCACCUCCAACUAUGAGCUAACUCUCCCUAUGUUCGACGACUUCAAGAAGGUUGCCACUGGUCUAUGCAAGCCUUCCUACAAUGAGGAAUUGGCUGCUAAGGUUGAUGAUCAGGUUGGAUCUCGCUUCGAUGCGAAGAUCUUGAAGACUCUGUUGAAGCUCAGCGCUCAUCUUCAGAUGACAAACUUCUUCAAGGCUGGCACAGCCUCGGCUAUUGCAAUGAGGUUUGAUGGUGAGGUCCUGGCUGAUCGUCCGAGGACUCUCUUCUCCAGAAUUCCUUAUGCUGUCUAUCUGUCGUCGGCAGGAGCUUCUAUGGCUUCCACAUCCGAUUCACUGAGAUCGCUCGUGGAACAGACAGGUCUACAAGAAGAACUGCGCUACUUGUUGGAGGAGAACUACAACUUGGCCUUUACUCAGCAGCUGAAGAACAAGGAUAUCCCCGAGGGCGGAUCGAAGGGUACCAUCCUCAUGGAUAUGGAUUCUCAGAACUUGAACACCAGUGGUCGUGAUGCUUUCAAUAGCUAUGUUGAUGCUCUCCUCGAUUGCAUCCUGGCCAAGGAGACCGGCCUCUAUUCUAACCUCUCCAAGCCUGAGAUGCUCUUCUUCGGUCCCGAUGAGAAUACUGCUGGAUUCAUGAAGUUGGGUGCUUUGAGAGCCAAGGCUCGUGGUUACAAAUACUGGAAGUCUUUGACUACCGGUAAGUCCGCUGUCCUUGGUGGCAUUCCCCACGACAAGUACGCCAUGACAACAAACUCCAUCCAUCCUUACGUUACCGAGCUUCUGAACAAGUUGGGUGUUGAGGAGUCUAAGCUCACCAAGGUCAUGUCCGGUGGCCCCGAUGGUGAUCUUGGUUCUAACGAGAUCCUCGUCUCUAAGGAUAAGACCAUUGCUAUCUGUGAUGGUACUGGUGUUGCUUAUGAUCCUCAAGGAUUGAACAGAGAGGAGCUCACUCGUCUUGCUCAUCUCAGAGUUGGUGUUGCUAACUUCUCUCGUGAUAAGUUGUCAAGUGAUCCGAAGGCAUUCUUGGUCACUAUUGACGAUAAGGAUGUAACUCUUCCGAAUGGUGAUCAUUUCAAGUCCGGUGUUGAGGUCCGGAAUCACUUCCCUGAGAUGGAGUACUUCUCCGCUGAUCUCUUCAUUCCUUGUGGUGGUCGCCCUGGUACUAUUAACAUUGGUAAUGUUGAUAAGACCAUGUUCAAUCCUGAGACUAAGGAACUCAAGUUCAAGUAUGUUGUAGAGGGUGCCAACUUAUUCUUGACUGAUGAUGCUCGUCGAUAUCUUGAGGAUGCUGGUGUGCAGCUAUUCAAGGAUGCUUCCACCAACAAGGGUGGUGUUACUUCCAGCAGUAUGGAAGUGUUCGCCGCUCUUUGCAUGGACACGGCUGAUCAUGACAAAUUCCUGUGUUCUCGUGAUGAGACCAGUGCUCCUCCUGAGUUCUACGAACAAUACGUUCAGGAGAUUCUUGCCGCUGUCCGUCAUAACGCCAAGAUGGAGUUCAAUGGCAUCUGGAAGACUAACCAUGAGGUGAAGUAUCCUGAUGGAUCGAGGUAUAUUCGUAAGACUGAUGCAACCAUCUUAUUGUCGAAGAAGAUCAACGACAUGCAGUCUUAUAUCCUUGGCGUCCUCGAGGAACAUGAUCCUGAGAAUGAUUGGAUGGUUCGUGCUGUUCUCAGACGUUGUGUGCCCAGGUUGCUUCUUGUUCAUUGUGGUUUGGAUAAGAUUGUCGAGAACACUCCCGAGGCUUAUCUCAAUGCUAUGGUUGCCACUUGGAUUGCUGACGAGUUCGUCUACUCUAAUGGUCUACAGACUAGCGAGUUCGGCUUCUUCCAGUUCAUGCGCUCGCUCGAGGAAAAGUCCGAAGGUGAGGUUACCCCUUCUACUAUGUGAUUUACUGAAACUUUCUAUACAAAAGCUAUAUAGGGCAUCGUACAUCUGUUGCCGCCGAAUUUUUUUCUCAAUACUUCGAAGAUUUUUCUCCAUGUCUUAACGGGAUUACCUGUGAUGAACGCAAGCUAUCUUGUAUAGUAUUAUUCAACUUCCGAUUUGGCU